GAAAUUUGGGUUUUGAUUCUUAGCGUGAGAAACAACGCCAUUAACAUUUUCUCUUAAAACCCUCUCCAAUAAUCUUGGGUACAGCCGCCCACUUCAAGAACAGAAAGCUCAAGAAUUUCCAAAGUAAUAUUUAAAGGUCUUGCUGGAAUUUGAUUAAAACAAGUUCUUCAUGGCACUUGCACGGUUUACCAGGAGUGGCUUGAGAAGAUCAGGAGGUACCGUUGGCAAUUACAUGACCGAGAGGAAUACCUUCUCCGAAAGAGUAUCCGACCACAAAACUUUCUUUCCUUCCCCCGAAAAAAGUAAUGUGCACAGCAACUUGACAUGCCCUUCCACCACAGAAAAUCACAUUAGUUUUUGGAGCAGGGGAAUUAGGACAACCCCACAUCAUCAGUCUAAGUUAGCUGAGCGGUUAGAGGAGUUGGAAUUGGAACAUGAUGAAACGAGGUAUCCAGGACUAGAGGCAACCAAGCCAGGUGAAAAGCCUAGAGUGGUUGUCCUUGGUACUGGAUGGGCAGCAUGCCGAUUCCUCAAGGGACUUGACACCAGAAUCUAUGAUGUUGUUUGCAUAUCACCUCGAAACCACAUGGUCUUCACGCCUUUGCUUGCUUCAACUUGUGUUGGGACGCUUGAAUUUCGCUCAGUUUCCGAGCCUGUUAGCCGGAUACAGUCUGCAUUGGCAACAAGCCCGAACUCGUACUUCUAUCUUGCUUCUUGCAUAAGCCUUGACACCACCAAUCAUGAGGUAUACUGUGAGGCAAUGAGCAAUGGCGGACUACCUCAAGAGCCGUAUCAAUUUAAAGUUGCAUAUGACAAGCUUGUAAUUGCCGCUGGAGCCGAGCCUUUAACUUUUGGCAUCAAGGGUGUGAAAGAAAAUGCAUAUUUCCUUCGUGAAGUGAAUCACGCCCAAGAAAUAAGGAAGAAACUUCUUUUGAACUUAAUGCACUCUGAAAAUCCAGGCUUACCGGAAGAAGAAAAGAAACGCCUAUUGCACUUUGUUAUCAUUGGAGGUGGCCCAACAGGAGUCGAGUUCAGCGGUGAGUUGAGUGAUUUCAUAGGGAGAGAUGUCCAUGAGAGGUACAGUCAUGUAAAAGAUUACAUAAAGGUCACACUUAUAGAGGCAAAUGAGAUCCUGUCAUCCUUUGACGUCCGACUCCGUCAGUAUGCAACAAAUCACCUGAAGAAGUCCGGUGUGCACCUUAUGCGAGGUGUUGUGAAAGAGGUUCAUCCCAAGAAGAUUAUUCUCAGUGAUGGAACUGAUGUCCCAUAUGGCCUAUUAGUUUGGUCUACUGGUGUUGGUCCCUCCGAAUUCAUCAAAGCGUUAAAUCUUCCCAAGUCCCCAGGUGGAAGGAUUGGUGUUGAUCAAUGGUUGCGCGUACCAUCGGUAGAAGAUGUAUUCGCGCUCGGCGAUUGUGCCGGUUUCCUCGAACAGACGGGGAAGCCUGUCCUUCCAGCCCUUGCUCAGGUUGCGGAAAGGCAAGGCAAGUACCUGGUGGAUGUGUUCAACAGGAUUGGGAACCAGGAUGGGGGCAGGGCAUUUAGUGCCGAAGACAUGUCUUUAGUAGACCCUUUCGUCUAUAAACAUCUCGGAAGUAUGGCAUCCGUCGGUCGGUACAAGGCCCUAGUCGAUCUUCGCCAAUCCAAGGACGCUCAAGGCAUAUCGCUUGCCGGGUUCGUCAGCUGGUUCGUUUGGCGAUCGGCUUACUUGACCCGUGUGAUUUGCUGGAGGAACCGGUUCUAUGUUGCGGUUAACUGGGCUACCACGCUGGUUUUUGGGAGAGAUGACUCCAGGAUAGGCUGAGACACGGCAUGAACAUGACAGUCAUUAGCUUUGAUUGGUGUUUAAAUAAAUUAAAGCUCUAUAUGCUAUAAAUCUUUCACUGAUUCCACAUUUGCUCUGUAUUUUGUAUUAUUUUUAUUGUCAGCUUAAUGUUGGCAGAACUGAUCAAAAUACAGAGAAGCAAACAUAGAUUCAAGC